AUGAAAAAAGAAAAAGUUGAAAAACAAAAUAUUAAAAAGAACAUUUUUGACAAGAAAAAUAAUAAAUCAAAAAAACGAAAAGUUGAAGAUAUACCAUCAACAUCAAAAGGCAUAAAGGCUGUUGGAAAUGAAAAUUGGUAUUGCCCACUGUGUAAAGAAAACAACGAAUUGGACAUGAUAAUGUGUCCAAAAUGUAGUGUUUGGUUUCACGAAGACUGUUUGGGUUUACUACCUAAAGAUGAUUUUAUAUUAUGUAAUUGGUGUGAAAACAAAUAA